UUUAGAAAAAAAUGUGUUUGAUGGCUUAUUUUAUUUUCAGCGGACCCGCAGAAUCAGCAGAUGGUGUGAGACGUGCAGGCUGCUCCUUCGUGUUGAGCUACAGACGAGGAGCCCAUUGGCUUCGUGGAUAUGUGGUGAGGGGGGAGCGGGGCUUCCUGCGCUAUAAAAGCGGAAUGUGCGCGCGUGGAGAGGACGGUACCUUCAGUCAGUCGACCGGUGAGCAUCACAGAAAUCCACACGCAGACACGCACAGCGAAGCCAUGAGUGAGAGACAAGCAUCUGGCCCAAUGACCGGAAACAGCAAAGCAUCUGUCCAAGAAGAAAAGAAGAACAAUCUCCCCCCGGAUUUCGACAUCGACAUGGACGCCCCGGAGACGGCGAAGGCUGCUGUGACCAUCCAGUCACAGUUCAGGAAAUUCCAGAAAAAGAAGCAGGAUGUGAAGUCGUAGAGUGGCAUCUCUUAGCCUCGUCUUCAGCCGACGUGGGCCCGGUCAUGCAUGUCAAUUAAACUGCAUCAUUAUGAACUGGAAAGGGAGGGUGAAGGUGGAGGUAGAAGGGUGCGGUGAAAUUGUACCUUUGUGAAAGUCUGUGCAUAAUGAAUAACUUUACUAUAUACAAAAUGUUGCAUUAUUACUUUCUUGGUGUAUUUAGAUAAUAAUAUAAUUUUGCUAUUUCUUUUUUACUUCAGUGACACUUUACAGUGUGGUUUCACGCUCACUGCACACCCACAUAAACAGGAAGCUGGCACGUCUUCUCAUGUAAUGUUAAACAGCGAUCUUUGAUUGAUGCUAGAAUCUGGGUCACAGGACCAGCAGAAGAGUUGGGCUCCACUGGAGGCCUGUUAUUGGCUUCUUCCUGUGGCUGAGCAGAGUGAUUCCAUACUGUUACCUGUGUCUUUAAGAUCCAAUCAGUUUAGUGUCUCUAAAUGUGUUCACAUGUCGGAGAUCUCCUCUCCGACACACUUUUUCCCCUCUCAGUUGUAUCUUUGUUGAGACUGCAGAUGUUGUGAUUGUGGUUCUUUGUUGUGGUUCCAGUGCGAUUCUUCAUUGUUAGAUUGGCUCACGUGUAUUGUACAAGCACACACAUGCAUGCAUGAAAGCUCACACAUGCAUACCCACUUCUACAGAGAAAUAAAUAAAGACAACAGAAAGGAG